CAAUCAAGAAAUCCAUAAAUUCCAUUACAGAGUUAGGAAAAGGGAUAUAGGAAGAAGAAGAGUUUAGUUUACAUAAAGUUGUAUUAUGAGGCUUUGAAAUUGAAACAUUAGCACUAAAUGUUCAGACUACUAAACUGCAUUGGUAACUGCCAAAUGCAUGAAGGAAAUUACAAUGGUAAUUAUACCAAAAUUCAUGUUCUCUGGAAUGAGGAACUGUAUUAUACUUGUCACAUUCCCUGCAGCCGUUAGCAUUGUGCAAGGCAUUAAAAAUGAAUGCAGAGUAAGUUGACCUGAUAAGAAAACUAUGAUCCCAACUGCUUUAACACAAUACAUACCCACAAAGAUAGAAUGAAUCACUUGCAAGCACAUUUUACCAUCAUGGAAAGCAAUAAAACAACCUAAUUCAGAUAACUACCAAAUAGCACUUGAACCAUUUUAAAAGCACCUUACUGUAUUUCAACAAUUUAGACUCUGAAAAUAAAUGCUUGUAAUUUAAAAAAAAUUUAAUUGCUAAAAUUAUCAAAGAAAAACUCAACUGUCAGAAUUAAAUUCUUGGUGAUGAGAAUUUUGUUGAAACUGCUUCUAGACAAUGAUCUCGCCUUAAAGUUCUAAUAUAAUUAGAAAACCUAUUUACCCCACUAACAGAUAAAAAAAUAACUCCUUUGUUUUGGGGUCACAACCGAAGUUGCUUGGGACUUAAUCCUGGAUCUGUAUUCAGGGUCACUCCUGGCAGAGCUCAGGAGAUCAAAUGGGAUGCUGGGGAUCGAAUCAUGGUCAUCAGCUUGCAGAUAAGCACCAUACCCGCUGUACUAUCACUGUGGCCCAACAAGGUAACUUAUUGAUUAAUGGAGAAUUUUAAAUGUUUACUUAAGAAUUACUGUGGGGAGGCAGGACCCCAUGCCCGGCCUCGGCGCCCACCCUUCCCGGAGCCCCUAGGAAGCCCUUCCCCACACAGCGCGCGUUGGCCGCCGGGACCGACCGGAGAACUCAAGGGAAUUACUGCGUUUGUGUUUUUCGAGACCAGCCGGCCUGUACUAGAGGGAAGCGUCUGCACCUGCACCUGGUCUCAAAGCUGUUUUACCAGCGAUGGUCACAUCUAACCACUGAAAAUGGUGUUUUCCCUGUAUACCAGGAUGGCACAAACAUUGCAGCUAUAAUGCUCAACUUAAAAAAAAAAUUGAGUUGCGAAAUACAGAGGAUGACAGCAUGGAGCAGAAAUCUCAGGAUGGUAAAAGAGGCCCCCCAAAGAGAGAAGUGCCCUCCAUGUUGGGGCUGCUGCUUGCCAUGGCCCUCAUGAACGUGCUGCUCUACUUCGGCCUGGACUGGUUCUUCCUUUCCCCUCAACGCUCUGAGGUGGACGCCAGUCACUGUCUCCCUGGUUCCUUCAGAAUGGGACAGAUGAGAAACUGCUCGCCCUGGCUGUCCUGUGCGGAGCUGAAGACAGAAGUGAGACAGCUGAAGCGUGUGGGGGAAGGAGCUGUGAAGAGGGUCUUUCUGUCAGAGUGGAAGGAACGCAAAGUUGCUCUCUCAUGCCUCACCAGUCUGGAAAUGCAAGAGGAUUUCCUGCACAGACUUCAGAUGCUCAAAUCUCUACAGAACAAACAUGUUGUCACACUUCUUGGCUACUGUGAGGAAGACAACACUGUUCUCACUGAGUACCACCCAUUACGCUCCUUGAGCAACUUGGAAGAGACUCUGAACCUUCCCAAGUACCAGCACAUGAACACGUGGCCGCAGCGACUGCAGCUGGCCAUCGCUUACAUGAGUAUCAUUGACUACCUGCACCACAGCCCCAUGGGCACGUGGGUAAUGUGUGACUCCAAUGAUUUGCCCAAGACGCUAUCCCAGUAUUUGCUGACCAGUAACUUCAGCAUCAUCCCCAACGACCUAGACGCCCUGCCCCUGGUGAACCACAGCUCUGGGAUGCUGGUGAAGUGUGGCCACAGGCAGCUCCACGGAGACUUUGUGGCCCCAGAGCAGCUGUGGCCCCAUGGGGAACAUGUGCCUUUUCAAGAUGACCUCAUGCCUCCGUAUGACGAGAAGGUUGAUAUUUAGAAGAUUCCAGAUGUCUCAAGUUUCCUUUUGGGACACGUGGAAGGGAGUGAUAUGGUCUGCUUCCAUUUGUUUGACAUUCAUAAGGCAUGUAAGAGCCAGACUCCCGCAGAAAGGCCCACUGCUCAGGCUGUGUUGAAUACUUAUCACAAGGUUUUGAGUUCACUUAGAGAGACUUUAGUGCCUCAGACAAGAGAAAUGCUCUAAAAUCCAGUCCUGUGAGUGAUAGGCAAGGAUGAAGUUAAGAAAACAGAUAGAAUCAUUGCAGGAACUCUGCUUCCUUAGUGUUCCUGUGUCCUGCCUCUCCUGGUGAUCCAGGCAGACAGAAGGUGCUAAGUUAGCUCAAACAACUGGAUUGAAUCUCCCACCAAUCACUCCCAGCUGCAGAUGUGGACAAAUUGAACCCAACCAAUCUGUGAAGGAAGUUUCCAAAAUCAACUCCACAGAGACUUCACCUACCUAAAUAAUUCAUCUUGUAAGCUAGUGAGUCGUGUAUAUAGAAAAGCUCUUUAAGUAGCCAUCAAUAAAGUGUGAUUCUCCAAAAUUAAAAAAAAAAAAGAAUUACUGGGGGGGGAAGGAACUUGAAGACUAAAAUAAAUAGAUAAUAAGAUACAACCACCUUUAGAAGAAGGGAACUGUAAUGUUAAAAUCAUCAUCAUCAUCAUCAUCAUCAUCAUCAUCAUCCCGUUGAUCGUCGAUUCUCUCAAGUGGUCUCCGUAAUGUCUCCAUUGGUCCUAGCCCUGAGAUUUUAGAAGCCUCUUUUUACUCAUCCUUCCUAACAGGUGACCAUUGGAGGCUCUUUCAGGUCAGGGCAAUGAGACCCAUUAUUGUUACUGGUUUUGGCAUAUGAAUAUGCCACAGGGAGCUUGCCAGGUUCUCCCAUGCGGAGAAUAUAAAAUUAUAAGAGAAUAUAAACUCCUAUGAAACAAGUCUAAGAGCUAAUUAGAACAGAUUCUAUUAUCAACAGGAAAGGCAAA